AUGAAUUCGAAUUCCCCCGAAUCCUUGAACAUGAUUAAAUUGAAAUGACAUUUUUAGCCUCCAUUGAGAUUUGCCAUCCCCCUCCUGUUGCAGCCCUACCAUACCAAACGCUGAUUCUGCAGUUUUUCUACGUCUACCUGCUCCACAGUUUCAGUCGUUCCCCUGCAGAUUCUUCCAUUCUACCUCUCCCGUCUACCGAAGCUAACUAGCCUGCACUCCGGCGACAGAAUUUGUUCACUUGUACUACGGAAGAAGAAAAUCAAUUCUGAUACUUGUUUGCGUGUGACCGUUUUGGACCAUUCCCUACUCCGACUGCUAUUCAGGGGUUGUAUUGCAAUGACAAAGUUUUGGGAAAGGAAACUAUGGACUUGAAAGUAUUAAAAAGAUUCAUAUGCUCCAGGUUCAAUCAGAAGUUGGAAAGUUUGAUGCUUUAAGAAAGAGAGGAACGAUGGGCAGUAAGGCAAUGUUUAAAUGGGCAAAAACAGUCACACCUUCACAUGUUGAACAGCUAAUCCAAGCGGAACGAGACAUAAACAAGGCACUUCUCAUAUUUGACUCUGCAACAUCUGAGUAUGCCAACGGUUUUAAGCAUGAUCUCAAUACUUUUAGGCUCAUGAUUAGUAAGUUAGUUUCUGCAAACCAGUUCAGGUCAGCAGAAACACUUCUUGAUAGGAUGAAUGAAGAGAAGUUUGAUGUAACCGAGGAUAUAUUUCUCACUAUUUGUAGGGCAUAUGGUCGUGUCCAUAAGCCAUUGGAUUCCAUUCGAAUUUUCCACAAAAUGGAGGAUUUCCAAUGCAAGCCUACAGAGAAAUCUUACAUUACAGUGUUUGCUAUUCUUGUUGAAGAAAAUCAAUUAAAAUUGGCUCUAAGGUUUUAUAGAUAUAUGAGAAAAAUGGGUUUUCCACCUACUGUAGCUUCUCUCAAUGUUCUAAUCAAAGCCUUUUGCAAGAAUAGUGGAACCAUGGAUAAAGCAAUGCACAUCUUACGCGAAAUGUCUAAUCAUGGGUGUGAGCCUGAUUCAUAUACAUAUGGAACUCUGAUCAAUGGGUUAUGUAAAUUGGGAAAGAUUGUUGAAGCAAAGGAAUUAUUGCAAGAGAUGGAGACCAAAGGUUGUUCACCAUCUGUUGUCACCUAUACUUCACUGAUACAUGGUUUGUGUCAGUUGAACAAUGUAGACGAAGCCGUGGGAUUACUUGAAGAUAUGAUGGGCAAGGGUAUUGAACCUAAUGUGUUUACUUACAGUUCCCUAAUGGAUGGAUUUUGCAAGGCUGGUCAUUCUUCACGAGCUAGAGACCUCUUGGAGCUGAUGGUCCAAAAACGAUUGAGGCCGAACAUGAUCAGUUAUAGUACAUUGAUUAAUGGACUUUGUAAAGAAGGAAAACUGAAUGAAGCUUUAGAGAUUCUCGACAGGAUGAAACUUCAAGGUUUGAAACCAGACGCCGGGUUGUAUGGGAAAAUAGUAAAUGGCCUCUGUGAUACUAGCAGAUUCCAAGAAGCUGCAAACUUCUUGGAUGAAAUGGUCCUUGGUGGGAUCACGCCCAAUAGAGUAACAUGGAGCCUUCAUGUCAGGACUCAUAACAGAGUAAUCGACGGUCUCUGCACUAUCAACGAUUCAAGUCGUGCAUUUCAGUUGUAUCUUAGUGUGCAGACACGUGGUAUUAGUAUCACUGUUGAUACUUUUGAUGGUUUAUUAAAAUGCUUCUGUAAAAAAAGAGAUCUCCAAAAAACCUAUAGAAUUCUGGAUGAGAUGGUAAUUAAUGGAUGUAUUCCACAGAGAGAAUUGUGGAGUACUGUGGUUAAUUGUUUUUGUGAUCAAAGAAAAACUUGUGAUGCUCUGAAGUUGUUGCAACUUGAGUUGAUGAGUUGAUCUCUUGGGUCUAUGAUAUUUAUUCAAAAUUUCA